AUGAAUUUGGAAGAAGAGGAGUUGGAAAGUAACUUAUUUUUCCCAAGAGCGUUUCUCAAGGGGCACAUUGAGAAGUCAGAAGAACAGAAUGGCGGUGGAUCUGAUGCUACCCCAGAAGAAGAAAGUGUGUCGAGUAUCCAGGUUCAUGUUGAUGAUGAACUGCUUGUAGAACUUACAGUAAAACCAAAAGGACAUGGCAAAGUUCGUUCUGGAUUGGCUCUUCGUUUCAAGAAGGAACUCGAACUCGCAGAACAGAAGCGGGGUCACGCAUUCGUUGAUGAGAAAGGAGAGGUAUUCCGUGCUGUGGUCUGCCUAGCGCCAUAUCAAAAGGUUCCGCGCCCAGGCCUUGCGCAGGAUAAGAAAACAAACACAAUGGAGACUGAUCCGCUUUUUUUGGAAUUUUUGCAACUGCAAAAUGAGCCAAAGCCUCCACAGGAGGCUGUUCGAAUUGGCCCCUCCGAUGGCAUUUCUCCCUUGGUUAAACACAUUCAAGAAAAACGGCGAUUAAAGGAAGAACGGAUCGCUCAAGCAGUUGAACGUAAAAGAAAAGCAAGGGAGAACGCAAAAGCAACAAAGAAAAUGAAAGCUCCUGAAUCUUCAAAAUCUAAAAGAUCAAGAAAAGGAGACGCACCGAAAUCUGAAUGGCGGAAAAAAUCACGUGGGGAUAAAAAAGAAAUUUCUGAAGAAACAAAAUCGAAAGCUGAGAAGACACAGAAACAGCCACCAGCUCUGGUGAAGGUAGGCUCCCGCGUUGUGGCUGUUCAGCGCUUGCUUCUACUACAGAUUCUAGAACGCCCUGCGUCAGCUCAAGCUCCACAACGCUCCCCAGAUUUGGAAAGAGAGCAUCCCCAAGGCUCACCCUCUGCUCCAAAGUACAGACCGAAGAAGCCUAGAUUCCUAGAUACAGAUUCAACACGGCAUUCACGAAGAGGGCGCCCCUCUCACGAAGUGUGGCGGCCAACAAUUUUGAAGAACUUGAGCAAUGAAAAUCAACGAGGAGAAUCCCAACAGCAAAAUGGGUGA